GCCUCGGCUACCAGACUCCUCAGGUGGCGGCGCUUGAGUCGGGCUACGGAGGCCGGGUUGCCAGAGUGAGGGAUAGUAUUUAAGAAACGUAUGGAGUAACAUGAGUCAGAGUCAUAUAGGAUCUGUAGGCCGUCCCUCAAGGGAGUUGGAAAAGAAGAAUUUCUAGACUCUUCAUCAAGCUCUUCAUUUAUACAACUGUUAAAUCCAAAGCUACGGUGGUGAAAGCAUGAAAAAAAAUAAAUCUCCUGCAGUAUCAUCCAGUCUACUUGAAAAGGAUCCUGCCUUUCAGAUGAUUACAUUUACCAAAGAAACAGGCCUUGGUCUGAAGAUCCUUGGAGGAAUUAACCGAAAUGAAGGGCCACUGGUAUAUAUUCAGGAAAUCAUUCCUGGAGGAGACUGUUAUAAGGAUGGGCGUUUGAAGCCAGGAGAUCAGCUUGUCUCAGUAAACAAGGAAUCUAUGAUUGGAGUUUCAUUUGAGGAAGCAAAAAGCAUAAUUGCCAGAGCCAAGUUGAGGUCCAAAUCGACUUGGGAGAUAGCAUUCAUAAGACAAAGAUCGGAUGGCUGCCCCCAUCCAGAAAAUUUGUCCUGUACCUCUUUGUUACAAGCUUCAGAAUACGGACCCCAGGCCACACCAUUUAGUCUUCUUUCUUCUCCCCGGGAAAUACUCACUCCACAGACCUCAUCUACUCCCAAAACGCAAGAGGCCAUCCUACCUUCCUCUAAGAUGAGUCAGAUAAAAACUGGGUAUGAGAAAGCAGAAUCCCCUCCAGUCACUUCUUCAGACAGCAACUCUAUGGAUGUGGCUACUUCAGAUAUUGCUCCUGCUUGGACUGAUAAUUAUGGACCACAAGGAAAGAUUUCCCUAAAUCCUUCUGUUCGCCUUAAGGCAGACAAACUGGAAAUGGCUCUAAGAUACCUUGGUAUUCAGCCCACAGAGGACCAGCACCAAGCCCUGAGACAGCAAGUACAAGCAGACUCAAAGGGGACAGUGUCUUUUGGAGAUUUUGUCCAGGUUGCCAGAAAUUUGUUUUGCUUGCAGUUGGAUGAAAUAAACGUUGGCGCACAAGAAAUUUCCAGUGUGUUAGGUUCACAGCUUCUUCCCUGUGAUUCUUUAGAAGCAGAGAAACUUAAGCGUGAAAGAAAUGAUGCUUUGGAAGAAGUGAAUAUACUUAAGGAAAAGUUACAUCAAUCAGAGCAACAAAGGAGUCAGCUGAUGGAAGAGCUCCAGAGUGUGAAGCAAGAAGCCAAAGCUGUCGCUGAAGAAACAAGAGCUCUGCGAACCCGGAUUCAUCUUGCUGAAGCCGCGCAGAGACAGGCGCACGGAAUGGAAAUGGACUACGAGGAAGUGAUCCGUCUGUUAGAGGGCGAGAUUUCAGAGCUGAAGGCUCAGCUUGCUGAUUAUUCUGACCAAAAUAAAGGAAGUGUUCAGGAUUUAAGAAAAAGAAUCACAGUGCUUGACUGUCAAUUGCGGAAGUCAGAAAUGGCUCGAAAAACCUUUGAAGCAUCCACUGAAAAGCUCCUUCAUUUCGUAGAGACUAUUCAAGAAGUAUUUUCUGAUAAUUCUUCUGCUUUAUCAAAUUUAAGUGAAAGAAGAACCAUGCUAGCUUCUCAGACUUCCCUCACGCCACUGGGGAGGAACGGGCGGAACAUCCCAGCCACCCUGGCCCUGGAAUCUAAGGAGCUCAUCAAGUCUGUUCGUGCCAUACUUGAUACGGAUUGCUUACCUUAUGGGUGGGAGGAAGCUUACACAGCAGAUGGAAUCAAGUACUUCAUCAAUCACGUCACACAGACUACGUCAUGGAUGCACCCCGUGAUGAGUGUCCUGAACCUGUCUUGCUCAGAGGAGAAUGAAGAGGAUUGCCCUAGAGAACUUGCGGACCAGAAGAGCUGAUGGUUUUCCAACUCUGAGGCACAGCUGCUGUCUCAAGCAGGAGGGUGGCGUGUACUGCUUGUUGGAGAGUGAAAUGGAGACCGGAUUUAGAGUGUUUUGUAGAACUUUUUAAAAAUUACUGUAUGCAAUUAGAAGCCUCCUUUCCCUGCACCCUGCUGUUCCCCCCGGAGGAGCCCCACAGCCCAACACGCGCGGGGCACCGUGGUUCUGUUGACGCAGCUGGCUCCCCAGCUGUGCGUUCUGCAGAGAUCCAGAGGGGCCUUCUGCACCCGCACGGAGCCCCUGCGUAACCCCGCGACUCUCUUCCUAUCAUUUUUCCUCCUUCCCUCCCCCACAGCUUACCAGAGGAAACACCGAAGAUGCGCAAGUCACUGAGCUCACGGCCCUGAGGCACGCAGUCCACUAAGACCUUAUAUCUCCACCGCUCUCUACGCCACUUCCCCUCCUUUUCUGUCAAAUACCUAAAGGAAAAGGCCUAUGAAAGUCAUAAUGGUAUUUAUUGAGCAGUUUUGCUACACUGUGAUAAAGCAAUUUGCAUAUAUUAUUUCAUUACCUUCUUAAACAAACUAAGGCAGAAACUAUAACUGUCCCCUUUUUGAAAAGAAACAGCUUGGGUUUAGAAUCCUGAUGGUCUGUGCCCAGUAGUCACACAGCACAUAGGAGUAGAAACUGGGCUUCAGAGCAAGUCUUUGAUUCCAGCCAGCACCCUUUCUUUAAACCACUGAGCAGAGCUACUUGGAUUUGAUCAGCUUUGUAGAGUAGCAGAACUCCACUGAACAAAAGUUCAGGGCUAUCGGAACUUCCUAGUAGCUAGAACUCGUCAGAAAAGAAUUCCCAGGAGAAAAGGGAAGCCCCGGUCCUAUAGAUUUCAGUCCAUCCAAGUUCUUUACAGGGAUGUUGCUGAUGAUAUGCACCACCUGCAUCAGCUGGACCAGCUGAGCGCUUUCUUAGAUACCCUCUUCCUUAUGCGCCUGUGACCUCAAAACCAACAGAUGCUUUAAGAGACAGAUGCUCAAAUAAUCUUACAGCAGGGACUCAGUAAGAAUCAUUUGUCAGUGCUACUAGAAGCCCCAAAUUAAUUUUUUGUGGGUUGACAUUUAUGUAGCCAGUGUGUCUUUAACGUAAAUGGACCCUGUGAUGAAGUCAUCGUAAGUUUGUCUCCAUUGGCCCACUGACUCCAGUGUCAGUAGGAGAUGAGAGCAUCAUUAUGUCCCUCCAGCUCCCUUCCCUGGAGUGACCAGGAUGAGCUGUCCUUACUCAUGCAUUCCCGCAGAAUAUUCCCUGAGCACCAACUGUAUGGCAGGGACUCACCAGGCACUCUGCAAAGUAGUGCAACAGUUAACCAGUUCCUAGCUUUACUUAACUGUUGAUUUAAACAGACCUCUUAGGUAGCCAGAAUGAAGCAGUUGCUUUUUAAAUUUUGAAAGUCAUCUAUUUUCGUUUAAGAUCCAAGUACUAUGUAAAGGAGUAAAUUAAAUAAAUAGUACGUCUAACUUUCCAGAGAAUGCCGUCAAAACGUUGGUGGAUGUUUUUACUGAAAGGAAAGCAGCUUGCCUUUAACUUAGCAUAACGUGACCAGCUUUUUAUGUCAUGCUGAUGUCAUAUUUUGAAUGACUGAAUAAAAUAACUCAUAAUUUGUUCAGGCAACAGUUUAUUGAUGAGCACUUGGCUGUUUUAAGCUCUCCUCUGUAACUAACAAUGCUGCAGUUAACAUUGCUUUUUUUUUUUUUUUUUU